AAUCACAGUUGUACUGGUUUAUUCCAGAAAGGUUGACAAAAUAUGUAUGUUGGCAUGUUUCUAUUGAAGUGUGUUGCUUUCUGGUUGGUUUUCAACAGCUACGUUACAUGCCACAACAACUUAAGAAAUGAAGUUAAAUUUGAUGGAGAAUUGGCAAAAAGUGUCAAUGAAUUAAUAAAAGAAAAAGAUAAAGCAGUAAAAAUGGUAGAAGAAAAAAACAAGGUAAAUGUUGCAGACACAGUCGACAAUGUGUUAAAUGGUGUGACUGAAAUCUUGGUUGGUAUCAAGCAAAAGAAUUAUUUCGCUGUACUGCUAGGCAUUACCUCAACAAUUGAUUUUAUUGCACCGCUUUUUGGAAUUCCAGGUCUUGUAACACCUAUUGUCAAGAUAAUAUUUUCAAUUUUGAACCUUUCUGGCGUUGCAGAACUUGCACCUGCCGAAGACAAAUUUAAAAGCGCACUACAAGAAGAGGAUAUAAAGAACUUGCAAGAAGAGGUGCUAAUUUCCAUCCAAACCAUGAAAUCGAGAACAUCGGCUGAAGAUCUUAACACAAUAUUUUUGAAAACAAAGGAGAAACGUAUAAAAUUACACACAAGAGUCAAAGAGUACUGUGGUUUUAACAGGAAAGUAGAUCUUAGAAAAUGCAUAACCCUUCUGGAGUUGUUAUCAACUUAUACAAAGAGUCAAACUAUGUUGGCCAUUUUGUCAGAUAAAUCUGGCUCUAAAAAAAUACAGGAAAAGAUAAAGGAAUAUUGGAACGAAGACAAGGAUACUCUACGGUUUUUAUAUAACUUUGAAAACACAAAAAGAUCUCAACAGGUUAUACUUGCAGAAUUAUAUCGUCAUCCGGAGAGGUUUGUCACCGUGAACUACUUGAAAUCACUGGAUAAGGAAUUCAGUUUGUACGAGAGGCCAAGCAUUUUUGCAUGCGAUGAAGAAUGGUUACAGGGAACAUGUUCUGUCAUUAAGGGACAGAAAGCGGGUUCCCUAACUCGUCUUAAAUCAAUGUUUAUUCCACCUCAAGAAGAAGUUAAAUUGGCAGGAAAAGUCAAACAUAACUUUAUGACUGGGAAUGAGAUAACAUCCAACAGGGAAGUUUCCAUUGGACCUUUUAAAGGAAUGUCUGUUUAUUCGAGUGAAGAAAAGUUAAAAAAUAAACUAACUGUAAUAAUGAAUGUGGACAAAUCAAUUGAUGCUUCGAACUAUGUUCGCAUAUGCAGAGAAGAAGGAUGGUGCGAUACAAUACCAAAGCAAGAUGGCAGCCUUGAAAGUAUAAAUCAAAUUCGGUGGGGAAAAAAAAAGAGAAUAUCCUCUAUUUUAGUUCCAGAAGGAAUAAAAGUCGAAUAUGGCACACUCAAACCGAAAUACGCAUCAAAGAUACCGAUUGUUAUAUUUGGUCCACAUCUAGUAGAAGGUUUAGAAAAAUGCGUAUCCAAAGAUUUUGAUAAAUAUUACAUGCAAAUUACUGAGAGUGGUACCAGUGUGAUGAAAAAAAAACAUCCGAAGAAAGAAAAAGGUAAAAUCUAUUACGAGAAAGUCGAAGACAUCGAUUCACAUCCUGGAGAUAUGGCGUUACUGUGUAGCAAGAAGGGUGGCAUGGGUAUUUGCUUACAACAAGGAGAAACAAGUGAUUCAAUCUAUAGUGAACUGGAAAAUCGUCAAUGUCAAUUUAACAUCAAAUCAAUCAACAUCCCACCGUCCCUGUGCGUGACGAUAAAGACAAAUCAUUAUCAGGAAAAAACGAUAACUGACACGAUAGAGGAAUUUGAUGAUUAUCCAUAUUUUACUAUAACCAAAAUUUAUGCAACCAGAUCAUAUGGAACAUCUAAAUGUUGAUAGGAUAGGAAAUAGCCGUCUGCUAUUAAAACUAUAUUUCCAGAUGUUAUACAGAUUGUAAAAGAUUGCCAAACUAUGAAACUCAUCCUAAGACCAACUAAAACACUGUUUCUACACGUACUAUGAACUUUCAACGGUUGAAUUUUCGAUGACUUACUACCUUCAGGUUAUUUAGUUUCAAUGUAUUAACCCAUACUAGUAAUUACACUUCUCCAUUUCGGAUCAUAAUAGGCUCUUGUAUGUAUUUCUUCGUAAUGCGGGUAUUGGAGAAAUUCUCAGUGGAGCGAGCCGGGGUAUAAAGAA